CCAACCCUCUCCCGCCCCCUCUUCAGGAAAGAAAAAGUGAUGAGCCUGGCUUCAAACCCACCCUCGUCCGGGGGUGCUCCUUCCUCGGCUUCUCAGAGCAGACAGACUUUGAAGAGGAGUGUGCAACAAGCUUUUGAUGGUAGACAACCCCAUACCCCAUCCUUCUUAAAUUAAAACUUUCCAACUUUCCAACAAAGAACAUCAUGUCUUAUUAGUUGCUUAUUUGCCGUCUUUUUCCUUUCUUUCAUUUUCUUUAAAUGAGGUCGACUUGAGCUCUCGUCGAAUCAUCAUUUCCAUAUUUCACACCAUCAUGUAUCCACAACGUCGAACUCAUCAGAGCCACCAAAGUCAUCAUUCAUAUUGUUUGUUGUUAUUUGAGCUCGCUUGAGCAUUCUUACUGACAUCUCUUCAGAUCCAAGUGAUAGAGGAACCGGGCCCAUUGGAUAUCAAAGCAAGGUUCGGGUGAUCGACAGGUACAAGGUCAUCGGAUUCAUCAGCAGUGGAACAUAUGGACGUGUCUAUAAAGCAGUCGGCCGUCAUGGUCAGCCGGGAGAAUUUGCUAUCAAAAAGUUCAAACCGGGUAGGUCGUGUACUUCAAGAGAUGUCGAGUAACCGCUGAUCCAUAAUUCCAGACAAGGAAGGAGAACAAAUCCAAUAUACCGGCAUCUCACAAUCAGCAAUUCGAGAGAUGGCCCUUUGUUCUGAACUUAGUCACAUGAAUGUCAUUCGGCUAUGUGAGAUUAUACUGGAGGACAAGUGUAUUUUCAUGGUGUUUGAAUAUGCCGAACACGACUUACUUCAGAUUAUUCAUCAUCAUACCCAACCGACUCGACAUCCCAUCCCGCCGGCCACUGUCAAGAGCAUCAUGUUUCAACUCCUGAAUGGAUGUCAAUAUCUACACGCCAACUGGGUCCUUCAUCGAGAUCUUAAACCAGCAAAUAUCAUGGUUACUUCAGGAGGAGAAGUGAAGGUUGGGGAUCUGGGUCUUGCACGUCUUUUCAACAAGCCCCUUCAUUCAUUGUUUAGUGGUGAUAAAGUGGUAGUCACAAUUUGGUAUCGUGCUCCAGAGCUACUUUUAGGAUCUCGACAUUAUACUCCAGCAAUUGACACAUGGGCUAUUGGAUGUAUUUUUGCCGAACUACUCUCGCUUCGACCAAUUUUUAAAGGAGAAGAAGCCAAGAUGGACUCCAAGAAGACGGUCCCGUUUCAACGAAACCAAAUGCAAAAGAUAGUGGAAAUAAUGGGGUUGCCAAGGAAAGAGCAAUGGCCAAAUCUCGUCAACAUGCCCGAGUACGCACAAUUACAAACUCUGUCGGGAAGCUCACAUAACAAAAACGGAGGGUCCAGUCUUGAAAAAUGGUAUUACAGUACCAUCAACUCUCAUUCCGCGACUUCAGUCCCUUCAUCCAACGCUUCUCUCGGUUUGGAAGGAUACAAACUCUUAAGCGGGUUAUUGGAAUACGACCCCGAGAGACGACUCACAACACAACAGGCUCUUCAACACCCUUUCUUCAGUACUGGUGAUAAAGUCUCAGCCAAUUGUUUUGAAGGCAUGAAAAUGGAAUAUCCCCAUAGGAGAGUAAGCCAGGAUGAUAACGACAUUCGAACCAGCAGUUUACCUGGAACGAAGAGAAGUGGAUUACCCGAUGAUUCAAGACCGGUUAAAAGGAUGAAGGAGUGAAUAAAGAUGAACUGAGGUUGAAGUUCGACAAAUCGUGUCAUCCUUGCAUUGCGUGGCACAAAGCGCUAUCUCUCUCGGAAACUUCCGCAAGUCUCGGAGACCUACAUGAAGUGAUGGAACACAUGAUCCAAGGUUUUCAAAAGAGGGGAAUAAGCGCGCCUAAUAUUUCCUUGAUGGAAAUAUUAGCCAUGUCUGAGAUAAGAGCGGUGUGACGGUUGGUGCUCCCUCGCCAAGUUGUCUGUGAUUCGUGGAGAUUUCCAGCUAAUCACGUGAUAAAGCGAGAGAGAGUGCACUGCCACAUCUGCCACUGCCACAAUGGAUACCGUCAGCCAAGACCCAAUCACUUACGUCAUGCGAUCGUAUUGGCUCUUCCACCAUUCGAUUCCAAGGUUGGGCUCGUUGUCGUGAAUGGUUUAAACUUUGUGGCGGGGAAAGGGGAAAGGGAUAUAUAUCCUCGUACGUCGCCUGAAUUCUCGACCUUUCUUCAAACAAUACAACUACAAAACCUCCAUAUCACAUAUCAUCACAAACUGCAAUUUCGCAAAUAACAGACACACCUCCUCAUCUCAACAUACAACACACUUCAACAUUUUACACCAGCACAAAUCAAACAACAUGCCUUUCUUUUACAACAAAGCAAUCGGAGGUCGUCGUGCUGGCGCCCAUAUCACUGCUGAUCGCCAUGGUGUUCAUCGACCCGUUUGGAGAAUGAGACUCUGUGGAUUCAACUGCUUCCGUUAGAGCUGCCCGUAUUUCUGAGGCUGUGGAAACAAAGAUGAAACGAUGGAUGGAGACGAACUCUGUGGCUUGGACGCGCGAAGGAGCGGGGUCGAUUACCGGAGAGAUUUGUAUGUUGUCGACCUUGUGAUGAUAAUUAAUGAUGAGAGCAUGUGAUGCAUGAUGGCGUUCUUGGGAUGAGGAGUUGAUGGCAGGGCUGGCAUGGUAUGGAGCGAUGGAUGGUUAACGACUGCUUUGGGUAUGGAAAUGUGGAGUGGAGUGUUUUCGGGGACGAAGCAGCUUGUUCGCAGAGCAGAUUCGACGGCAAGAAAAAUCCAAAAACAAAUUUGCAAUCCGAACUAUUUCAUGCUUUCUUUGACUUGUAGGUAGGAGUAUAUUAUGUGAUAUGCAAAAACAGUGAACCUUGAGAAGUGAUUGUUUACCA